AUGUUUGAUAAACUUCCAGAAGAAUAUAAGAAAAUAAUAACAGACAAAAUUAAUUCUUAUGAUUUACAAAAUGAAGCUGAUGAUGAUGAAAUAUUAAAUCAGUUAAUAAAUACGGAUGAAUAUAAAAAAUUUAUGGAAUUGGAAGAUUUUGAGAGUGACGAUAAUAAAUAUGAAAAAAAAAGUAUUGUAGUUGACAGUUUGAUAAAGUGUAGAAAAUACAACAAAUGA